GAUCUUUGAUGCUGCUCGCGCGGCUAGACGGCCGUCAUCAGCAGGUUCACACGGCUCUGAGCUAGUGUACUAUACAGGCGACUACAGGCGGGACCAGGGGCGGGACCGAUUACUGACAGGGGUUUUCCGUUUUCGCCGGUAUUUUGGUCAGGUUCGGUCGGGAUGUCCUGGCAGCCAGAAGCACGACCGUGCUGGGCAGUGGGCGUUGGGCACAAGUUAGCGAAGUGUUUGCUAGUGAAUGCGAAUGCAGGACGCCGUCGCGAGCUCCAGGCUAGCAAUAAACAUCACGAAAGAAGUUAGUGUCAGCGGCAAUGCGGUUACUUGUUACCUUCGAGACGAGACACCGGUGCGCGCUCCACGCUGCUCCGCAUUCGGCACGCCAAACGGAGUCCGAGUGUCGUGGAGACUGCUGCCGCUUGCAGGGGCGGACGUGUUCCAGCUCGCAACUAGGCUGCUGCCAUUCGCCGCGACAACACGUAACCCAUAAAAUGCACCCACCUGGAACGGAGCCAGGCAUCCGCGGGCGCCCAUGGAGCAUAUGCGUGGGCAAGCGGAAAGAAACGGGAGAAGAAAGAAGCGGCGUGGCGGAUGUCAGUAACCGAUGCCGGCCAAAGCUGCCGAGCAAGUGAAGCAGGGUGGCUGCCUAGCUGGGGGCGGGCUGAUUAAAGGGCUGAACGGCGGCUGCACCGGGCGAGCUGUGCUGGUAGUAUGUACUGGCGCCGGCCAGUGCGUCUGGAAGGCCUUCGAGCUCUGCAGGCACUCAAGAGGGCGAAGCUUCACAUCCGCACUCCGUCGCCUCCGUGCUACGCGGUGUGAAGUGACGUGGCCUAGAGACGCAGGAGGACUGGGCCAGCCACAUUGAGGACAUGCACCGCUACGUGUGCAUGGGCAAAAGGUGCAUGGCGAUAAGCAGGUGCUCCGGAAGGCCAAGGGGUUUGGGGCGCUUUGGUCGCCUCAUCUUCCGGAGCACGGGAGCAGCCCGACCACGUCUGCUCGGUUGCGUGAUACAACCAUCAUUUUGAAGGCUUCUGAGUGCGACACCCCGCCGUUCCCUUGAUACUGAAAGACCUUGAAAGCUAGUCGUUUCAGCAAACACCGGGCGCAUCCUAGAAUGCGCCUCGCAGAGGCCCGUUCCGCGGGUAUCAGGGCAUUACUUACGCUUAUAAUGCAACAUAUAAACAUAUGCGCGAGUAGCAGGGGAGUUCCAUUGACUGUUCUGGGGCUUCGGCCCAGCCUGGGUCUUUCGCAGCCCCCAAAGUCUGCGUCAGCGCUUGUAAUAAUUAUGAUGU